AUGCUGCCGAAGAGUGUAUCACUGAUUUCGGGACUCGCUAGGCCAACCAUCGCUGCAAGCUUUGCCUCCCGCGCCUCUGCCCGCACGGCACGGCCCUCGAGGAUGGUGGCUGUACAGGCCUCCCAGGCGGAGGACGCGAUGUCGGGGAAGCGCGUUCUGAUCGUCGGAGGCGUUGCAGGCGGCGCAUCUUGCGCAGCGCGCGCGCGGCGGAACUCGGAGGGCGCGGAGAUCGUGAUGUUCGAGCGCGGGCCGCACGUGUCGUUCGCGAACUGCGGGCUGCCGUACUACAUCGGCGGCACCAUCGCCGAGGAGGCCAAGCUGCUGGUGUCCAACCCGGGGGUGUUCGCGAGGCGGUUCAACGUCGAGGCGCGCACGCGGCAGGAGGUCGUCGCCGUCGACCGCGCGGCGCACGAGAUCGUCGUGCGCGACCUGGACUCCGGGAAGGAGUACCGCGAGAAGUAUGACAAGCUGGUGCUGGCGCCCGGGUCCGUGCCGAUCUGGCCGCGCUCGCUGCCGGGCAUCGACCUGCCGGGGAUCUUCUCCCUGCGCGACAUCCCGGACGCCAACCGCAUCAAGCAGCACAUCCAGCAGCACAACGUCAAGUCGGCCGUGCUCGUCGGCGCCGGGUUCAUCGGCGUGGAGGUCGCGGAGAACAUGAGGGAGCUCGGGCUCGAGGUGACCGUGGUGGAGGGGUCGUCGCAGAUCCUGCCCCCGCUCGACCCGGAGAUCGCGCGGCCCAUGCAGCGCGCCAUGGAGGCGCACGGGUGCAAGGUGGCCUGCGGGGAGAUGGUGAGCGGGUUCGAGCAGCGCGGCACCGGCCUCGCGGUGCGCACGUCCACCGGCGCCGAGCACGUGGGCGACAUCGUCGUGCUGGGCAUCGGCGUCGCGCCCAACUCCGCGCUGGCCAAGGACGCCGGGCUGGGCGUCGGCGCGCGGGGGUCGAUCGUCGUGGACGACUUCAUGCGCACCGACGACCCGGACAUCUACGCCGUGGGCGACGCGGUGCAGACGACGAACGUGGUCACCGGCGCGACCGGCAUGUUCCCCAUGGCGGGCCCUGCCAACCGCCAGGGCCGCAUCGCCGCCGACGCCCUGACGGGCCGGCCCGGCGCGCGGCCGUUCCGCGGCGUGCAGGGCACGGCGAUCUGCGGCGGCUUCGGCGCCGUCGCGGCGUGCACGGGCGCGAGCGAGAAGGUGCUGCGCGCCGCGGGGACGCCGUACCAGAAGGUCCACCCGCACCCCGCCAACCACGUGGGGUACUACCCGGGUGCGCAGCAGAUGUCGCUCAAGCUGCUCUUCGCGCCCGACACGGGCAAGCUCCUCGGCGCGCAGGCGGUCGGCAGCGACGGCGUCGACCGCCGCAUCGACGUCCUGGCCAUGGCGCUGCAGGGCGGCAUGACGGUGUUCGACCUCGAGGAGGCGGAGCUGUGCUACGCGCCGCAGUUCGGCGCGGCGAAGGACCCCGUGAACAUGGCGGGCUUCAUCGCCGCCAACGCGCUCCGGGGGGACUCUCCGCUGGCGUACUGGGAGGACGUGCUGUCGACUGACCUGACGCGGUUCGCGCCGAAGGAGGGCGGCGUGCUCGUGGACGUGCGCGAGCCGUCGGAGUGGGACGCCGGCCACGUGGAGGGCGCCGUCAACAUGCCGCUGGGCGACGUGCGGAGGCGCGCGGGCGAGCUGCCGCGUGACGCGCCCGUGUACGUGCACUGCCAGGUGGGCCUGCGCGGACACAACGCGACGCGGAUCCUGCGCAACCUGGGCUACGACGCGCGCAACGUCACGGGCGGCUGGAAGACGCUGACCGCGAUGGAGGCGCCCGCGGGGGCCGUGCCGGCCGCCAAGGCCGCGCUGUAG